AUGGCGUCCCUUGUGGUUGACGCCUUGGGGCUCGGGCUGAUCAGUUGCUGCAGUGUGCCUGCACUGCUAACAAUAAUCAAUCGCUUUCGAGAACCAAAGGUUGGCACCGGAUCCGAUUCACCAGACACGGCGGAGACACCUGUAUUUGGCCUGUCGAGUUACGAAGACGAGGAUGGGAACGCUACACCAGAGUCACUGGACACCUUUUCAGCUUCCUGGCAGCGAGUCGCGAUAGUGGUCUUAUCGGUCCUCGGUUUUGGAGUAGCACUGUCACAGGCUAUCAUUUCGACUGAGUCAGAUCGACGCGAAUAUGUUAUUCCUGUCUGGCUCCAGAUGGGAGCAUGGAUGGUACAAUGUUUGCAAUCAACGAGCUUUUUCAUCGAGCCGGCGCCCGUUAAACGAUAUAUUCUAGGGAUGUACGCGUCUGGGGCUAGCACUAUUGCAAUGCUGAUGCCAUGCGCGGACCUUGUGCUUGCCUGGCAAUCUGGAAAGGAUGAAAAUACAAGUCUCAUGCUAAGCCAGAUUGGCAUUGCGUCUUUACGGGGACUUUUCUGCAUAUCAAUACCCAGACGUCCUAAUGUAUACCAUCAGGGACAGGUAGUCGAUCAGGAGCACACAGUGAGCAUGGUGCGCAGGAUCACAUUUAGCUGGGUCAACGAUUUGUUACGAUUUGUGGCGAGGAACAAAGCAUUGGAACUUGACGACCUCCCGAAACUGCCGUCGACCGCGCGUGCCCAAACCCUUCAUGCACGCCUUGAAAAAACACGCGGCUCUGGGGAACUAUGGAAAGCGCUCAUACUGGGGCAUAUUCAACCACUCAUACUGCAAAGCUUGUUGAGUAUUAUUCAAUGUCUGCUUGGAUUUGGUCCUCAAGUAGCGUUAUUCGGCAUACUCAAGUCGCUCGAGAACCGCUUUGCUUCGUCAGGAGACGCAAGCCCUACAUGGGUCUGGGUGACUGGGCUCGGUGUAGUCCUUGUCUUGUCGUCCAGCAUUGAAUCUUGGCUAUGGUGGAUUAUCUACUCACAAUUGUGGAUACCUAUAUACGAAGGAAUCUCAGCUCUAGUGUUUGCCAAAUCAAUGAGGUGCAAAGACGUGAAGCAGCUGAAACACCACAACCCAGAAGAUGAGCACGAAGAUAACGAUGAGAUAGAGGAAUCGGAGCAACAAGGAAGCCGCCAAACUGUCAUCAACCUAGCCACCGUGGACUCUAAGCGAAUCGCCGACUUCGUGAUGUACAAUUAUCUCAUUCCUUCAUGCAUUCUUCGACUAGUCAUUGCCUCUGCUUUUCUGGUUCAUUUGAUCGGAUGGAGGAGCCUGUUGGCUGGUGGUGUUGCAGCACUCCUGGUGACGCCGAUGAACACCCAUUUGACGAAGAAGUACUCGGCAGCCCAGCAGGAUUUUAUGAAUGCAAGCGACAAGCGAAUGAGCGCUGUAGCCGAGGUUCUGCAUGGAAUUCGACAGAUUAAGUUCUCUGCUCUCGAACAGCAAUGGCAGAAUCGAGUGUCGGAGAAACGCCGCAUUGAACUCAUGCAUCUGUGGAAGACUUCUUUGUACACCACUGGCAUGGUAUCCGUUUGGAUUAUGGGCCCCCUCUUGUUGUCUGCCGUAUCGUUGACCGUGUACGCGCUCACUCAUGGCGAGCUGUCCGCCUCGGUAGCUUUCACGGCGCUCUCUGUUUUUGGCUCGCUGGAAUCCGCCUUGGCAAGUUUACCUGAUCUGAUGUCCAAGGGAAUGGAAGCUAAAAUCAGUGCUUGUCGCAUUGACCAAUACUUGAACUCGGCAGAAAAGGCACCCUUUACAUCUAACGUCAAGGAGAUAACAUUUGACAACGCCACGAUCGCAUGGCCAGCACAGGAUGACGAAGAUGAGGAACUAGAAUGGGACUAUGAAGAGCGAUUCUGUCUUCGUAACCUCAACCUUCGAUUUCCGGCGAAAGGAUUGAGCGUCAUUGCGGGGAAGACUGGUUCUGGAAAGAGCCUGCUUUUGGCCUCGAUCUUGGGGGAAUGUGACGUCCUGGCCGGAAAGGUGUCCAUCCCGCAUAGCCCUUCGUCCGAGGAACGAUUUGACGAAAGAGCAACGCGCCAUAACUGGAUUAUCGAUACAGCUGUGGCCUAUGUAGCCCAAAAUCCCUGGAUGGAAAAUGCAACGAUCAAAGACAAUAUUCUGUUUGGCCUCCCUUACGAUCGCUACCGGUACCGCAAAGUCCUCCGUGCCGUUGCACUGCAAAAAGAUAUUGAUAUACUACCCGACGGAGAUUACACGGAUAUUGGUGCGAAUGGCAUCAAUCUCAGCGGCGGUCAGCGGUGGCGCAUAUCGUUUGCGCGAGCUCUAUACUCACGAGCAGGAACAUUAAUCAUGGAUGACAUCUUCAGUGCACUUGACGCCGAAACGGGACGCCACCUCUAUGAGCGUGCCUUGACUGGAGAACUAGGCCAGAAUCGAACUCGCAUUCUGGUUACACAUCACGUGGGUCUGUGCUUACCUCGAACGGACUAUUGUGUUCUUCUUGCGGAUGGAGUCAUGAUUCAUGCCGGUACAAAGGAGGAUUUGACUGCGACUCAGAAUUUGGUCGACUUUCUGGAUCAAAGAGCAGAAACGACAGUGUCUGAGCCGCCCAGCGAGGUUCAAGCACCCAGAGUAUCAUCAAAGCGUGUGUCUAUAAACUCACGGAAAUCCACAAACUCGCGCCUCUCAACGGCCACUAGCAUUCACACACUCAGAAGAUUUACUGAAGAGGAGAAGCGUGAGAAGGGGGCUGUUUCCACCAAGGUCUACAUUGCGUAUUUAAGUAAGGGAAACUGUCUCCGCCUCUGGACGUUAGUCUUCCUGGCAUACAGCGCUUUCAUGGCCCUCCUGGUCGGUCGGUCUUGGUGGGUGAGCGUCUGGACAAGUGCUUCCACUCAAACGUCUAGUUCAGCCCGUUAUACGCGUGCUUUCGACCAAGAAAAAAAUCAGAUGUGGGCAUUCAAUGCCGACGAGGAUUUAACGUUCUACCUAACAGUGUACAUUUGCUUCUCUGUCGCCGCAUGUGUCGUAGGCACAGUCCGCACCUUAGCUCUCGCCUUUGCUUCACUCGAAUCUUCUCGUCACCUCUUUGAUGGCUUGCUCUAUACUGUUUUGAGGUCCCCUCUGCGGUGGCUGGAUACCGUUCCUACUGGCCGCAUUCUCAACCGAUUCACAUCUGACAUCAAUAUUCUCGAUUGGAGGCUUGGGUAUGAUAUUGGCCACUUCAUCUACAAGGUUCUGGAGCUGGUUGGAAUACUGGCUGCCGGUCUACUAGUCUCACCUCUACUAUUAGUGUUCGCUUGCAUCUUGCUGGCUCUGUGCUUUCACCUGUCAAAAAUUUAUCUGAUGGGGAUGCGGGAGGUCAAGCGAUUGGAGAGCAUAUCGAAGAGCCCGGUCCUGGAGCGCUUCAGUUCUACAUUGGUCGGCUUGGGUACCAUUCGCGCCUUCAGCAAGACAGAGGUGUAUAUCAAGGACAUGUAUGCUCGAAUCGAUCGACACGCACAAACCGCUUGGUACCUGUGGCUCCUGGACCGCUGGCUCGGAAUCCGAAUGAGUAUUGCAGGGGCGCUUCUAUCAACGAUCACGGCGGCGCUAGUUGUGUACAUCCCCCACAUCACGCCCGCUCUGGCAGGCUUUGCAAUGAGCUUUGCGCUACAGUACAAUUACGCCGUGGCUAUGGGACUGCGUUUCUACGCCAAUGUGGAGACAGACAUGAACUCUACUGAGCGUGUGCUGGAAUACUCCAGUAUUGAUAUGGAAGACCAGGGUGGUGUAGAGCCACCUGCCGCUUGGCCCACUCGUGGGAGAGUGGAAGUAGAAGAUUUGGUGGUAGGGUACGCGCCAGAUCUACCUCCAGUUCUCAGCGGGCUCAACUUCAGCCUGGAGCCUAACCAACGUUUAGGUGUGGUAGGACGCACCGGGGCUGGGAAAUCCUCGCUAACAUUAGCUUUGUUCCGCUUUCUGGAAGCUCGUCGGGGUCGCAUCUAUGUGGAUGGUUUAGACAUCUCGCGGAUCAAACUCCAUGCUCUGCGAAGUCGUCUUGCUAUCAUCCCACAAGAUCCCGUCCUGUUUUCAGGCACCCUCCGGUCCAACCUGGAUCCAUUCCACGAACAUACCGAUCUGGAGCUCUAUAAUGCAUUGGAGCGAGUACAUCUUGUGUCCUUCGAAGAUACCCUGACCCUAGCCUCACACUCCAGUCAUGAUCCUCUCAGUGACAGCGGCACAUUACCAUCCUCAUCCGCAUCAUCGACAACGGAUCCCGUCAAGACGACGAACUUCUUCGCCUCCCUUUCAUCGAUGGUGUCCGAGGGUGGACUUAAUCUCUCCCAGGGACAACGACAGCUUCUUUGUCUGGCUCGAGCCAUUGUGUCCCAACCCAAGAUCAUGGUUUUGGAUGAGGCGACUUCCGCGGUUGAUAUGGAAACCGAGACAUUGAUCCAACGAUCAAUUCGGGAGGAAUUCGGAAGAGACGCUACAUCUCUUCUUGUUAUUGCUCAUCGUCUCAGCACGGUGGCCGACUUUGACAAAAUCCUGGUGUUGGACGCAGGCAAAGCAGCCGAGUUCGGUACACCCCAGGAACUGAUGGCUAUCGAGGGUGGGGUGUUUCGCAAUUUGGUGCAGAACAGUGGGGAGAAAGCAUUGCUGGAAGAGAUGAUAUUGGGGAAACAGAGGAAUUGAAUGUAAUUUGCAUGACAGUUCAUUGGCGUGGCGUUUGUUGUUUGUUCAAUGUUAUUGUUGCAAGCUGUGUAUCUAAACGGGUUUGCUGGCUGGUAAUGACAGGACGAGACGGUGGGGCGGCGAGCAGACGGGGUUAAGUU